UCUAGUUUAACCUCCAUUUCCCAUUUAAAUACAAGUUCUUCAAAUCCUUAACAUGGUUUUCCCUAAUGUUUAAUUCCUUAAACCCCAACAAUUUCCAUGGUUGUAGGUUAGGACCCGAAAAUAGAUAAGAUUAUUUGACACGUACGUUAUUUGAGAGCAAAGAUGGAUCACGAAGCUAUACGAACCGGAUUCAUGACAGUUUUUGUUGUAUCCGGGAGCGUUGUGGUUCUUGCUCACCAAUUCCAUAAACGCCUUCUUUUUGAUUUCAUGAGAAAGAUGGAAUUUGAAUUGGGUUCACGUAAGGGUCAAACAAAGAAAAAAGUGAGGUUUUCCGAUGAAGCAUUGAAGAUUUUAUCUCAUGAUCAAAAACAGAACAAGGACAAGGUGAUCACGCCAAAUGUGGCGAAGACCACCGAUAACAAGAAAUGCAGGAAGACAAUGCCUCUCAACUGGCAAGUUAUGUAUAAAGGGAUCAUAAACUACAGGAAUUCGAUCUAUAUUCAGUAAUUAAAAACUUUUUCUUUGUUUCAAUUGGUGAUGGUGAUUG